CGUUGCUUCCCCGCUAAUGUACACACUCGCUUAGGAAACUCUAAACGUUUCCUGCGCUCAGGCUUACUCCAUCGUUUCGUGAACUGUCCGUCUGCCAUUCACCUACUUUACCGUUUCGUGGUUUUCCUGCCUUAAACGCAGUCUUUGUAUUACUACGCGUUUUGUUUUUUGACAGUAUUGCUUAACAAGAAAAGGCUGGUCCUGCUGUCUUACACCUCAUCCUCCAUCCGUCUCCGGUUUCGCAUCUAGCUUGCUCCAAGCACAAAUUCACGUCUCCAACUGGGUUAUGUGUGUUCUUUUGUCUCAAAAGAAUUCGAUUGUUCCUCUGUAACCUUUUUUUGCUGCCCCCUCCUCAUGCGAUAGAGAUCCCUUGAGGAUGAAAAAAUCGAAUACCAACAAGUCUCGUUGUUUCUUUAGUACUCUGUUCUCGUGUUUCCGGUCAAGCAGCGCCGUAGAGCCGGUCCCUCCCGUUGAAAAACAGCAACAGUGUGUCAGAAAAGAAGCAACGAAAACGCCUCGGAAAAAGACAGAUGACACGGCGUCCGCCGCCAGCACAAUUGGUCAAAGAAGUCUGCAGCGGCAACGUCUGUCCCGUCUUCUCGCGCCCGAGAGUGUCCUCGAGACACCAACCCCUAGCCGCCGAUCUGUAUCCAUCGAGUCUGCUAUUGUAUCAAAUGGAGUUGCUACUGAAGUAGAACAGCCCGAAGAAAUUCAGCCAACAGUCGACUCGCAUGUCCAUUUUGGCGAAUUCAAUGCUUCCCAGCCGCUGCCGCCGGACCCAGAUCUUCCAGAAGUGAAACGGUACGGAGAACAGCACUGGUUGUUGCCUCCUUUAAGCGUUGAGGAUUCGGGUAAAAAAUGUCUUAUUUUGGACUUAGAUGAGACGCUCGUGCACUCAUCCUUUAAGUACUUUGAACCCGCUGACUUUGUGGUCCCCGUGGAAAUUGACGGCGUGAUGCACGAGGUUCGGGUGGUGAAACGUCCGGGUGUGGACGAAUUUAUGAAAAGAAUGGGUGAGUUGUUUGAAGUUGUCGUCUUUACUGCAUCGCUGGCGAAAUACGCAGACCCCGUGUUGGACAAACUCGAUCUGCACAAAGUUGUUCGUCACCGGUUGUUCCGUGAAGCGUGCAGCAACUAUGAGGGGAACUUUGUCAAAGACUUAUCCCAGUUGGGUCGCGAUCUGAAUGGAACAAUCAUUCUUGACAACUCACCCUCCAGCUACAUUUUCCACCCAACACACGCCAUACCCAUCUCCUCGUGGUUUAAUGAUAUGCACGACCUAGAGCUUCUCGAUCUUAUCCCCUUCCUUGAGGAUUUGUCUCGUGUCCCGGAUGUGAGUGCAAUUCUCGACUUGCAUGUCUAAAACCAAAGCCUUAGAGAUUUGCAUGUUUCCCUUACGACUGAUCCGACCCAACAGUUUUCCGAUUGCGUUCGCAGUAUUUAUGCCCCAAAACCUUGUUGUCCACCUUCUUUUGCCUUCCACCUCUCUUGUUCUUGUGCAGCUCGGCUGACCCACUACAAUUCACAUACUUGUGAACCAAGCAUCCUGCACACCUCUACAAUUACAUGAACAUUUCUUACGGCGGGUCAGCUAUUUCUCACACAAUCCUCAAUUCCUUUUUCGUUUGUUUUCCUACCAUUCCAUUGACACGUUGAUUGAGGUAGCAAGGCACAUAUGCUCUUGUUGCCCAACUUGUACUCCCAUCACACGGUUUGUGCAACCCCAGGCAAUAUUUCAUCCUAGUUGUUCAUGAAGCCAAAACAACGCCUUUGUGCAUAUAUUUUUCCUUGCGUCGUUUGGGCAUCUAUUGUAUCCCUUGGACCAUAUUACAAUAAGCAAGUUUGCAGCGUCGGUACGCUGGCUGUAAUUCCACAGUACCGAAACAGUAUCGUAGUAAUUGAAUCUAGUUUACAGUAAGAGAGAA